AAUUUCCCCUUUCCACAGAUGGAACACGAAGAAAAAGCACCAGAAGAAAAUCUAACUAAUUUGAUGGAGUUUGUUCUCUUGGACUUUGCUGAUGUUCCCCAUCUCCAGAAGUUUCUAUUUGGAUUGUUCAUACUCAUCUAUAUCAUUAUCCUGAUGGGCAAUGGCAUCAUAUUUCUGAUAACAAAACUGGACCCUGUUCUCCAGAUGCCUAUGUACUAUUUCCUUGGCAAUUUUUCCUUUUUGGAAAUCUGCUAUGUAUCAGUUACCCUCCCCAGGAUGCUCAUUAAUCUUUGGACCCAGAGAAGAACAAUUUCUUUAGUUGCCUGUGCUACACAAAUGUGCUGCAUUCUUGUGCUAGGAGCCGCUGAGUGUUUCCUUCUGGCCGUGAUGGCCUAUGACCGUUAUGUGGCCAUUUGUAACCCUCUGCACUAUCCUCUAGUCAUGAACGACAAGGUCUGUGUCCAGCUAGUGGCUGGCUCCUGGAUCAGCGGAAUUCCAAUCCAAAUAGGGCAGACAUGCCAGAUUUUCUUUCUGCCCUUUUGUGGUUCUAACCUCAUCAACCACUUCUUCUGUGACAUCCCCCCAAUACUCAAGCUGGCCUGUGGGGACACUUUUCUGAAUGAAAUGUUGGUCUUUGCAGUUGCUGUGCUGUUUGUCAUGGUUCCAUUUCUGCUGAUUCUUGUCUCCCAUGGAAAAAUCAUCUCCACAAUCCUUAAAUUGCCAUCAGCCACAAGUCAGGCCAAAGCCUUUUCCACCUGUUCAUCUCAUCUUAUAGUUGUGAUGAUGUUCUUUGGAUCAGCCACUAUCACAUAUUUAAGACCCAAGACCCAAGUCUCAGCAGGAACUGACAAAGUGCUUUCUCUUUUCUACACUAUUGUGACUCCCAUGUUUAACCCCAUGAUAUACAGUCUAAGGAACAGGGAUGUCAUAAUGGCACUGAGAAAAUUGCUAUGUAAAUUUACUUCAUUUAAAAAAAUGAGUAACAGAUCACUGCAGAAACAUGACCCGUCACCAGUACUCCACAUUAAAAAAGAAUUUGGUGAAGCUGGCAUCUGCUUUUAA